AUGGCUUCUCUAUGCUUCCGUCUGAUUUCAGCUAUCAUCUCUCAAAUCAUCUUAUCGCUCCUUGAUCCCUUUUAUUAUCCCGUCCUUUGUCCUUUCCACCAGGCCAGCAGAGAACUCACUCAACGUGAGUUGCAUUUAACACAACGUGAACGCGAUCGUCUUCGUAUUGAGCUUGCGAACCGUCGUACUUCACUUGACACUGCAUUAAUCGGACGUAUAGCUUCUUCUACAGCUGCCUCUUCCAAUGCAUGUUCUGCUUUCACUCCCGUUCAGUAUAAAGUUGUCAUUUCUGCUGCAAAUGUCUCCAGUCGCAAUAAGGCUGCGACUUCUACUACAAGUGUAAAUAAACAAACUUCUAACAAGGACACCUCGUUAGACGCUGGUCUCAUGAACAAGGAUAAUGCUAUCGCCUCCGGGCAAUCUUGCACAAACUACUCUGAUAAGACAAACUUGCCUUACAUUAGAUCGCCUUAUCGCCCGGCUAGGGAUUCCAAUCACUUAGUUCACAAGGCCAAAGCACACAUUGAUGCCAUCGACAUAAACGCCAUUCCUCCUUCUCGUCAAUGGUCUGCCCACAUUUGGAACCCAUUUAAGGCGCGAUCAGAUUGCACACAACCAGAUUUUGUUGAGACCAACGCAACUGAUACCAUUUCUUUUCACGAUACAGAAAGAGAAAUAACUUCGGGGAUCCUUGAAGUGACCAAGACAGACUAUGGUGUCGCCGAAUCCUCGAACGUGACUGGCUUUCCGAUAGAAUUGAAGGAAAGGAAAAAUAAUUUUCUUAAGGAGAAAGCUGAAGGUUAUACCGACUUAGGCUUGGCAUCAUUGGAUCAAAACGCGGGUAUUGAUGCUGACGAUUUCAAGAAAAAAGAAGAUGACGCGAAG